AUGAAGUCAUUAGAAAGCAUCCUUGGCAUUCCAGAUGGCUCCAGCGUCAUCGCCACUCCAAAAUCGGUGACACUGUCGAAUAUAACCGUGUACGUGGGUAUACCUGUAUGCGGUUGUCGAUUAUUAGCAUUUAGUAAGGAAAUAGUGCCUGAAGUUACAGUAGUUGUGGUUCAGUGGAGGAGUGGGUUCCCUGGCAGCGGCUUUUACGUCCUUUGUGGUUUCAUAAACAGCAUAACACUUCGAAUGGGUUGGGCUCUUUUACGAUGUUAUGAAAGGACAUUCGACCCUUAUACUCGAAUAGCCCAGGAAAUCCGUCUCUUCUUUUGUGGCGGAAUGGACAGUGGCAUCGUUGCUCUUCUCCUUUGCUAUGAUGAGGCGGGCGCCGGGAACAUCUCUUGCCCCGCCGCCGCGCCGCUGGCUCGUAAUAUCCGUCCGGAGCGCGGGUGGCGGUGGGCGUGGCCCGAUGCGAGCCCCGGAGUUAAUGAUAGGCUGCGACUGAUCGUGUCCCAUGUGUUGACAACGUUAGCGGCGUGCGAUUUGGAACGUAGGAAACGCGCCGCGCUCUUGAUGAACAGGGAAGGCUGCGGGUUGUUGCUUUCAAUUUAUGGAUGGUUCAAUACUGGAGAUAUUCUGUCAAAGCAUAUUAUUCCUUGUGUCUUAGGCCAUAUAGGGCGACCAUUACGAAAAGUCGCGACCGGUUUUUUUGCCCGCCUGACCACGGACUUGCAGGGCUCGAGGAACCGACCGCCUCCUGCCCGGGCCGCGCGCGUCCAACCACGUCCCCGGCAGCGGCGAAAGCCUGUGCAGAAUGCGAAAUCGCCGCCGCGAUAUAGAUCUGAUCGAAGAUCGCCUUCUCCGCCUGAGUCGCCGCCGCCACCGCCGUCUUCCCGAUUGGCUCCGCCUGAUGGCGACGCGCGGGGCCGCCCGGGGAAUGGAUGGACGUUGCACAACAGAAGCGACCGUGGGAAAGAGCAGCCUCGCGUGUUUUUUCUGCCCGGCGUCUCGGCGAAGCGUCUCACGCGACGUAGUGCCUUUUCGCCAAAUUCAUUUCGCAACCGAUCCCCGAGGCGUGACACCAGCCGAGCGUGGCGUGUUGCGCGCGCGUCAAGUGCUUGUAACGCGCGUGGGAAGCGCGAGAUAGGAGAUGCUGCGGUUGUUUUAUUUUUUUUAACUCUCGCCUCGUUGCGGCGAUCCGCGGCAUCUCGAUGCAAGGGUGCAGGCGAGAGCGAACGUGGCCGGCCGCGGCGGAGUUUCGCGGCUGUGGAAGAGCGCGGGAGCUCGCAGGCCUUGCACGAUGCUGCGGCCGAGGCGAAAGGCAUCGCGUGCGGCGCGCGUGACUUCUUUUGUUUGUUGACAUUCCGUUCGGCGUGGCACUUGUGCAUUGUGUUUGUGUGUUGGGGGUCGCGGUUGAGUAGUUACUCUACUUCACAAAUGAUGCCAUUAACUCCUCCUUUCUCUUCGGUAAUUGACUUGAGAAGGAGCGUUUUUCCGCGCUUUGUUGGGCUGUGCGUGAUAAGCGAGGAAUUCCCGUCGUUUUACUUCGGUGGAAGGAAAAGCAAUUCUUCCCCGCCGGGCUCCUUCCGACGGCGCCUGGGGCGGCGCGUGGACGACGACUGGGCGGGGCGGAGGCAGCGUCGAGGUCAGCCGGAUGCGUGGAAAGCGGCGCCCCCGGUGGGCGCGCACCUGCUCGGACGUCGGUUGACGGAGCGUCGCGACGCGUCGACGGGAGAGCGCGUGUGCGGGGAUGGGGUCCGGGGGGCGCGCGCCCGCCCGCCAAGAUAUAAGUGGGUGAAGAAACCAAGGCGACCAUGGGGAUGUCGGGAGGAUGUCGCGGUGCUUGUCGCCAAUUACCCAUUUCCGGUCUCCACUUACUGUUCUCUGGCGCUCCAUCAAGUGGUGCCUCACAUGCUGCUGUCGUUAACCAUGCUUGAUAAGAGUACAGUCCAUCUUGCAGUGCGAGCGCCAGAUGCAGGUCGUCUUGUUUUGUUUCCUUCUCUGUGUCAUGGCAGUGAAGUUAACAAGCCGUAUAAUAAGAAAGAAAAAAAGUUGUCGCCAUACGUCGCACCGAAGUCCUCUUCGGCGCUCGUAUGCGCGACCGCGCGCUUUCCUCUCCCUGGAAGGCAGGUGCGCGUUUUCCUUGAAACACGCCGAGCAGUGGCUCUGGAUCCUCCAGGCAGUGGAAACGCGAUUGCUGGAGACGCGAGUUUUGCGUGCGCUCACACGCAGACGUCGCCGCCCACGCCACUGUCGUCCCAAGUGCCCGGCUUCUUCCUUAUUUCUCCGCGGCGGCGUUCCCGGGAAACUUGCCUCUACAAGUGCGUCGCGCCGCUGCCAGCAUGGGCGCCACCUAGAGGCCGCGGCGACGGAGAAGCACUUCGAGAGCGACCUGCCACCCGGAGCGCCGGCGCGGUGGAUGGCGAGUCGGUGGCUGUAGACUGAGGGGGUGUCGUCGACGAUAGCCUUGGUGGAUAGACUUCGAAGACCAGUGUGUUCAGUGUGUAGCGGAAGACUCGGAGAAGAGGGAAGAGAGUGUUUUCUGUGUGAUUUAUUCCGGGCCGUCGGGCUUGUGGAUUGAUUGCUGCCCCGUGGAUUUACUCUUCAGCCAUGACAUUUUAUCAGUUGGCUGUUGUCGCGCUAUGCCUGGCGUCGGCGGCUCACCGCUCCAGCGCUGUCGUCUCCCCGAAGCCAGCGGAAGAAGCGGAGCGUCGCGACGCGUCCCUGCUGGUCGGCGGCAGCGGCUGCUGCGGCGGCGG